GCGUCCGCCGCUCGUACGGAGGAUCCACCUCACUGCCUCGGUGCUGAAGCUCUCCAGCGUCCCGAUCCCGACAGGAACCGGCGGCUCGCUCACCACCGAACACCGGGAGUCGCUUUGAGCUGCUGGAACCGGGCAGCAGAGCGGAGCUGCGACGUGAGGAGAAACGAUCCGCCGGCGGCGUUUGGCAGCGAGAUUUUCAUCCUCCGAGCUGUCAGAGGUUCGGACAGGUUCGGACAGGUUCGGCUCUGCUCGGCAGGCUGCUCGCCUUUAACUUCCACUUCAGAGUUUGGAGGCUGCAGGCGCGCGCGAGUGUGCACGGAGAAAAAUCUAGCUUAAGACUUCAGAAGACUUCAGAGAGGGAAAUAUUACUGCACAGGGCCAUGGCAUCCACGCUGAUACUGCAGUAAUACUACAGUAUACAGGUGAGCCAGCAGCACACCCACUCACCUGAACAGCAUCCUGCUGCUGUUAUUAAUACACUGUGUUUACUAGCAGGACACCCACAGAGCCCGCGGUGGUACUACAGGCAGCAGCGAGGUCACUCUGAGUACUACAGCAGGACUAGCAGUACUAUAGCAGUACUACAGUAGUACUGCAGAGGCAGUACCUCCGGGCCUUUGGACAUAAUCUGAUAAUUGGCCUGAGCGGAUUUUCUCUUGGAGAUGGGAAGCACCGCUGAGAGGAGAGACGAGGAGGAGGAGAGGAGCAACAGGAGGAAGAGGAGGAGGCCGCUGAGGCUCCACAUGCCUGACCUGAGCAUCUUCACCAUGCCCUUCCUGGAUGGAGACCCAGGACGAGCAGAGAAGGAUGGCAGCAGUAAGGGGGAGCCUGUGUGCCACUCUGCCAGCCCCACCAGGAGCUUCUUCCAUCGGGCUCCGUUCAGCCGACCCUCCAGCCCCCGCUCUGCCCCCGCCAGGACCUCCACCUCCAAAACAAGCCCCGGCUCCCCUAAAACCAUUUUCCCCUACCAGCCCGCACCCCCGCAGCAGGACUCACCGCCUAAAUCUCCACACAGGCUGAGUUUCAGUGGGAUCUUCAGGUCUGCCUCCAGGGAUUCAAACCAUCAACCUUCAUCCUCCCCUGUCAGCAUCAAACUGUUCACCCGCAAGAAAGACAAGAAAAGAGCCCACAGCCUGUCCUCCCCUCCCCCUCCUGCUGCUCCUCCCGUCUCUCGUCAGGAGGAGGUGAACGUUUUCCGUCUGGAGACGUACCUGACGGAGCCGAGGCGUCCGGAGACCAGGAGGCUGCGCUCCUUCUCCUCGCCCCCCGACACCGGCCAGCGAGCCUCUCCGUUCUCCUCCUCAUCCUUCACCUUCUUCUCCUCCUCAUCCUGCUGCCAGCCGCCUCCACCGGCCCCGCCUCCAGUGGCAUCUCUUCCUGCUGCUGCUGGGAUGCUGGCGGAGGUUGCAGACGGCAUGUCAGAGCAGCCGGACCCCGAUGAUGUCGCGUCCGAGGAGUCGGAGAGAGACAUCUACAUGCGCUUCAUGAAGUGCCACAAGUGUUAUGACAUCAUCCCGACCAGCUCCAAGCUGGUGGUGUUCGACACCACGCUGCAGGUGAAGAAGGCGUUCUUCGCUCUGGUAGCGAAUGGCGUGCGAGCCGCUCCGCUGUGGGAGAGCAAGAAGCAAAGCUUUGUGGGAAUGUUGACCAUCACAGACUUCAUCAACAUCCUCACCAGAUACUACAAAUCUCCCAUGGUGCAGAUCUACGAGCUGGAGGAACAUAAAAUCGAGACGUGGAGAGAGCUGUACCUGCAGGAGACCUUCAAACCUCUGGUCCACAUCUCACCUGAUGCCAGCAUAUUUGAGGCCGUGCACUCGCUGAUAAAGAAUAAGAUCCAUCGCCUUCCUGUCAUCGAUCCGGUCAGCGGGAACGCCCUCUACAUCCUGACGCACAAGAGGAUCCUGAAGUUCCUGCAGCUCUUUGUGUGUGAGAUGCCUAUGCCGGCCUUCAUGAAGCAGACUCUGGAGGAGCUCAGCGUGGGAACGUACACCAACAUCGCCUACAUCCACCCCGACACGCCGCUCAUCACCGCGCUGUCCGUGUUCACGCACCGCCGCGUCUCCGCCCUCCCCGUCGUCGACCACAACGGUAAAGUGGUGGACAUCUACUCCAAGUUUGACGUCAUUAACCUGGCAGCAGAGAAAACCUACAACAACCUGGACGUGACGGUCACUCAGGCUCUGAGGCACAGGUCCCAGUACUUCGAGGGGGUCAUGAAGUGCAACAAGCUGGAAACACUGGAGACCAUCGUGGACCGCAUCGUGAAGGCCGAGGUUCACCGGCUGGUGGUUGUUGAUGAAGAAUCUCAUAUUGUUGGCAUCGUCUCGCUGUCUGACAUCCUGCAGGCACUGGUCCUAACCCCUGCAGGUCUGCGCAGGAAGGAGUCUCUCCCCUCUCAGCCCACAGCUCUGCACUCAACUGAACCAGAGCAGGACCAAAACCUGAGCCAGGACCAGAACCAAGACCAGGACCAGGAGGUCUGUGACACAGAAACAGGAGGAGAGACUGAAACUGCAGAGACCUGCCAGCAGGGGGAGACAGAUGGGGAGAGAGAGGAGGGGGAAGAGAAGGAGGGGGAGGAUAAAGAAGAAGAAACUGAAGGAGAGAAGAAGGAGAAAGAGGAGGUGACAGAGGGAGAGAAAGAUGGGGAAACAACAGAGGUAGAGACUGUGGAGGAAACCGAAGGAAAGCAAGAGGAACAUACUGAACAGGAGGUGGAAGGAGACGUGGAGGGAGAGGGAGGUGCAGAAGCAACAGAGGGGGAGAGAGAGGGAGAAGGAACAGAGACUGGGGAGGCUGAGGGGAAGGAUAGAGAAACAGGAGGAGGUGAGAAAGAGGAGGAUUCAGAGGCAGAUGGGGUGGACAAACAGCCAGAUGAAGAAGGGGAGGAAGAGGGAAUGGGAGGAGGGGAAGAAGGGAAGGAGAAGGCAGAGAGGGAGGGGGAGGAGGCAUGACAUCAUCAGCCAGCUUCUCUGGACUUUUGUCGCAGCCCGCCGUGCUCCCGUGGAGCCAACCACCACAGAAGAAGAAGAAGGGGCGGGAUCACUAGCCCAGUGUUUUUGAGGGCUUUUUGUUUUUUCCUAUGAGGAGUCAGUGCAGGCCUGUGAUUGGAUGGGUCUUCUGAAGGUGGGAGGGGCCUGUGGGGGGAUUGCUGUAUGCUAGAGCCAAUCAGGGAUCUCUGCUGGUCUCAGAGGGCGAUUUAUUCCUCAAACUGCCACAUGUUCGGUCCUGUACGAGUUUCAUCGACAAUCGCAUCAUCACCAUGGCAACAUCAAGGACAAAGUGUAACAGUGAGUGUUUAGUUUGGCUCAUUAAUUUCCCCAAAAAUAUAAAAUCAAUAAUCAGUUUAGGUCCAUGAAACUCGAGCAGAGACCAGAAUCUGUCCUGUAAUUUGCUCCUGAAACAAACGAGUCGUCCCGAAACACAACCAGCCCUCUGUGAUGUCAUGAAGGGGCGGGCCCAUCAGGGCAGUGUGCCUUUGAAUUCUGAGCCCGGUUUCUGAUUGGUGGAGAGAGUUUUAUAAGAACCAAUCAUUAUUCCACAGGUGAGUGAAGGGAGCGGCUCACCUGUCGUACCCGAGGCGAUUGUACCUGAUCGUUUUAUAGACACUUUAAAGCUCAAAAGUCUGUUUUUAUUAUUUUGUUGAAAACUUUGAGAGAAUCUACACAAAGAUGGAUUUUAUCGUUAAAUUAAUGUAUUUAUAGUUUCUGUUGUGCGAGAGAUGAACUGCAGGUGGCGCUAACACCAGACAGUUUGGACCAAUAAGACAGAUUACUGGACUUUAUAUAUAAAUAUUUUAUCCAGCGUGCCCAGGGGGACUCUAACAGGUUAGGUUGUAGCAGCCGUGAUGCGUUCACUGGCAUCACGCUGAGGUCACGGAGGGUCAGUCUCAGUGUGCGGCUGCUGUUCAAACGAUCAAUAAUCCUUCCUGAUGAUCCUUGUUUCUACACGCUGAGCUGUAGGUUUCAUUUCUCCUCACCUGCUGACUCUUCUGCAUCCAGGUGAACUUUAAAUGCUAUUUAAAUCCAGAGGUUGGAUGAGGCAGGUCCUGAUUCGGGGUCAGGUAGGACUGCAGGUGUGCUGUGGCCUGAAUCCAUGUGAACUUCAAGCUUCUUAAUCCUGAAAUACAGAAAUAUUCAACAUGCAAGUGAAGUGCAGCUCUCAGCCCUGAACCAAAGUGUUUCAUCAGCUGUUGACGGAGUACAGCUGUUACUGCACAGGCAGAAGCAGGUCUGUGGGCAGACGCUGGCUCUUCAUGUUUAUUAAAUUCACAUAUUAAGCAGGUAGAAGGUCUGGAGGUCAGAGUUUGUGGGUUUCUGUGAAAUGAAAUGUGGUGAAACAGGUGCUCCUCAGCCUGCCAACAUCAAACGAAUCCAUCAAAGAGAGCAGGAGGAUCAGGAGAGGAUGCUUCCCAGGAGCCUUCAUCACAGCAUCCCACCAACUGAAGAAGACUCUCCAUGAGGAAGAUGUCUCAUUAAGCACAGAAACAGCCUCAUGCAGUAUUUUAGAGCACCCUUUGAUCCGUUUCUUGUAGUUAAAGCAGUAAAAGUACUUGUUGACCUGCAUUUUUACUGCUUCUUAAUGGAAGCUUCAGUGUGCUGGCUCUCAGUGGGCCAGUGUGGAAAUAUGAAGCUGGAUAACUGCUGUGAGGACUUCCUGACUUAAACGAGCUGAGGCGGUGUGAAGAGGAUCAUAUAUACUCUGCACAGAAGCACUAAUUCAUUAAAUUUAAUUACUUUGAGCCACAACAGACUCAGAGACUGAAGAGCUUUGAGCUCUGGUUACACGGCUGCACGUCCAAAUGUAGUCAUUAAAAACUACAUUUGGCCUCUCCAGCUGUUUCCUGUUUCAGCAAACUGAACGCAGGCGCUCACUGAUGCGAACGCACGACUUUCAGCUGUGAGACGUCAUUGUGUAAAGAGCAGGUGAACCUGCCUCAAAGGUAGACAGUUCCAACGUUAACAUAAAUGACAGAUAACGUCUUCACAGGAAAAUAUCAGCACAGCGUUGGAGCAAAGCUAUGAGUGCUGUUCAGUAUUUGGAUGAAGAGCCUUUGUAAGUGCAGCCGCUGUAAACUGUAUUUACACUGAUGAAGGCGUGUGUGCGCUCGGACGGUGCUGCUCCGCCUGCUUCAGUGUUCUCAGCUCGAUGUUUUUCUGAACAUCCUCUCCAGAGGCCUUUCAGGCCUGCUGGUGUUGCUGAGCUGUCCAGUGGAUUCCUCCUCCUUAUGACUGCACCAGGUUCUUAAUUUGGGUUCUCCAAAGAGUUUUUGGUGGUUUUGUUUGUUUUCUCAGCCUGAUGAUGGCCUUCCCGUCUUGCAUCCACAUCCAUUUGGACCUGAUAUUGAGAGUUCUGCUGAAAAGCUCCAGGUCUUCUAUCUGCUUAAUUUGUCCUGAAAUGGUGAUGGAGCAGGGCUCAGCUGGCCAUCAAAAUGCUUUUCAGUCUAAUGGCCAGUUAUUUUGGACCCUCUGACAAAAGGGCACUGUGAUUAAAAAUGGCUGUAAUUCCCAAACAGUUAAUGUAGGACUUUAGUUCAGCGCCUAAAGACUGCACUUCAGGCACAUCUUGAUUGUAUGAUUUUAAAUGCACUGAGAUGGUGUACAGAGGCAAAAUUACAAAUAAAUAAAAUGUCUUUGUCCAACAA